ACAGAAAACCAAGAUCCAAAAACUAACCCAGAUGAUGAUAUUAUUAUGACUGAUUUAAAUCCAGAAGAUCAAAUAACUGAAUCAGAUGCCAACAACUCAUCAUCUCAAAACCCACCUCCAGAUAUAAAUCUGUCUGAAAACCA